AUGCCUCCAAAAAACAAAUCUGCCUCCCAAACAAGUGCUGGUGAUACAGCAAAAAAAAGAAAAACCAUCACCAUGGAAAUUAAAGUAGAAAUAAUAAAGAGAUCAGAGAGAGGGGAAAAUCCAUCAUCCAUUGGCAAAGAAUUGGGUUACAGUAGGUCAACAAUUGCAACAAUUUUAAAAGAUAAAGGUAGAAUAAUGGACCAUGUGAAAGGCUACACCCCAAUGAAUGCUACAAUUAUCACUAAGCAACGCAGUGGUUUAGUUAUCCAGAUGGAAAGGCUGCUGACAAUUUGGAUAGAAGACCAAAAUCAGCAUAAUAUACCUAUCAGUCUUUCUUUAGUGCAAGAAAAGUCUUGA